UGAUGCCCUGCCUGCCUAGAGAGGGCAUCUUUGCAGUUGAUGUAAUGCUGAAGAAGGGCAGUGCCCAGACGACAGAGGGAGCGAUCUGGCAGUGGAGGGAUGAUCGUGGACUUUGGCAUCCUUACAACCGCAUUGACAGCCGCAUUAUUGAGACAGCACACCAGAACGGGGAGGAUGAGAUCAGCUUGUCAACCCUGGGCCGUGUGUACACAAUUGACUUUAACUCUAUGCAGCAGAUUAAUGAAGACACAGGAACAGCACGUGGUAUCCAGAGGAAACCCAAUCCUCUUGCCAACCCUGGUACAGGGAGUCACCAGGAGGUUCGUCGAGAGGAUGCACGAGCACAGUUGAUGAAGGAGGACCCAGAGCUGGCAAAGUGCUUUAUCAAAACUCUGUUUGGGGUCUUGUAUGAGGUGUACAGUUCAUCGGCUGGCCCUGCUGUCAGACACAAGUGCCUUAGAGCCAUCCUCAGGAUCAUCUACUUUGCUGAUGCAGAGCUGCUGAAGGAUGUGCUGAGGAACCAUGCUGUGUCCAGUCACAUUGCCUCCAUGCUGUCCAGCCAGGACCUGAAGAUUGUAGUGGGUUCUCUUCAGAUGGCUGAGAUCCUCAUGCAGAAGCUGCCUGAUGUCUUCAGUGUCUAUUUCAGAAGAGAAGGUGUGAUGCACCAGGUGAAGAACUUGUCAGAAUCUGAGAGCUUUUUAGUCACUAGUCCCCCAAAGGCUUGCCCUAGUGGUACUGCUAGUUUGUGCACGACCACCAUCAGCACUGCAUCCACCACAUCGGCUAAUAAUGCAACUCCUGAUCUGGGCUCACCCAGCUUCCAGCACAGCAUGGACGACUCACUGGACCUCAGCCCACAGGGGCGGUUAAGUGAUGUCCUAAAGAGAAAACGGCUUCCUAAAAGAGGGCCAAGGAGGCCCAAAUACUCUCCCCCAAGAGAUGAUGAUAAAGUAGACAAUCAGGCCAAGAGCCCUACCAGUACUCAGUCACCAAAAUCAUCCUUCUUGGCCAGUCUUAAUCCCAAGACGUGGGGCAAGCUGGGUGCCCAGACCAACAAUUCCAACUCUGAGCCCUCACGCACAGCGGGAGUGAGUGGCCUGGCAAGGGCACCUCCCAAGGACUCGAUGUCAAAUAACAGAGACAAAAUAAAAGCCUGGAUCAAAGAACAGGCAAGUAAGUUUGUGGAGCGCUACUUCAACUCUGAAAAUGUGGAUGGCAGCAACCCUGCACUGAAUGUACUCCAGAGACUUUGCACAGCCACCGAGCAGCUCAACCUGCAGGUUGACGGUGGUUUGGAGUGCCUGGUGGAGAUCUCCACUAUUGUAUCAGAAUCUGAUGUGUCGUCUUUUGAGAUCCAGCACAGUGGGCUGGUGAAGCAGCUCCUGGUCUACCUGACCUCCAACACCGACAGGGACUUGCUUAGCCGUGACGUGCGGCUCAAGAGGUUCCUCCAUGUGUUUGCUAGCUGUCCGGUUCAUGGGAUGGAGUCUGUUGGUCGUCUGGACCCAACAGAGAAUGGCCCAUACCUGGCAAUGGUGCACAAAAUGAACAGCUGCCUGAGCCAAAUGGAGCAGUUCCCUGUCAAAGUGCAUGAUUUCCCCAGUGGCAACGGCAAUGGCAGCAGGGGCUCUCAGGCACUGAAGUUCUUCAACACACAUCAGCUCAAGUGUCAGCUGCAGAGACACCCAGAUUGCACUAACGUCAAACAGUGGAAAGGCGGCCCUGUGAAGAUAGACCCCCUGGCCCUGGUGCAAGCCAUUGAGCGAUAUCUUGUUGUCAGAGGUUACGGCCGAAUCAGAGAAGAGGAUGAAGACAGCGAUGACGAUGGUUCAGAUGAUGAAAUCGAUGAAUCGCUGGCGGCACAGUUCCUGAACUCUGGGAGUGUGCGUCACAGACUACAAUUCUACAUCGGUGACCACCUGUUACCCUACAACAUGACUGUAUACCAGGCUGUGCGGCAGUACAGUCUUCAAGCAGAGGAAGAAAGGGAGUCGACGGAUGAUGAGGCGAACCCACUUGGGCGAGCUGGCAUCUGGACCAAAACGCACACAAUAUGGUAUAAGCCUGUGAGAGAGGAUGAGGAUGGCACUAAAGACGCUGUGGGUGGAAAGAGGGGUCGAGCCCAGACUGCUCCCACCAAAACCUCCCCUCGCAACGCCAAGAAGCAGGACGAGCUGUGGCAUGAUGGUGUGUGUCCCAGUGUCGUCAAUCCCUUAGAGACAUACCUCACUUCAGAGCCUCCAGAGACCAUCACCUUUGAUGACCCCUCUUUGGAGGUCAACCUGCUGCUGAGGGUCCUGCACUCCAUCAGUAGAUACUGGUUCUACUUGUUUGACAAUGCUGUGUGUAAGGAAAUCAUCCCUACCAGUGAGUUCAUUAACAGUAAGCUGACAGCCAAAGCAAACCGUCAGCUCCAAGACCCACUGGUCAUCAUGACGGGGAACAUCCCCACUUGGCUUAUUGAGCUUGGAAAGACCUGUCCGUUCUUCUUCCCCUUUGACACCCGGCAGAUGUUAUUCUAUGUAACUGCCUUUGAUCGCGACAGAGCCAUGCAGCGCUUGCUGGACACAAACCCUGAGAUCAACCAAUCAGAUUCCCAGGACAGCAGAGUUGCACCACGUCUUGACAGGAAGAAGAGGACGAUAAACCGCGACGAGCUGCUAAAACAGGCCGAGUCUGUGAUGCAGGACCUCGGCAGCUCCAGGGCAAUGUUGGAGAUUCAGUACGAGAACGAGGUCGGCACAGGACUUGGCCCCACUCUGGAGUUCUACGCUCUGGUGUCUCAGGAGCUCCAGCGGGCUGAUCUCGGCCUGUGGAGGGGCGAAGAGGUCACACUGCCCAAUCCUAAAGGAAGCCAAGAGGGAACUAAGUACAUGUUCAGCUCCAAAGGGCUGUUUGCUGUUCCCUUCGGAAGGACAACCAAGCCAGCACACAUAGCCAAAAUCAAAAUGAAGUUCCGUUUCUUAGGAAAGCUCAUGGCCAAAGCCAUUAUGGACUUCAGAUUGUUGGACCUGCCCCUGGGGCUGCCAUUUUAUAAGUGGAUGCUACGGCACGAGGUGUCCAUAAGCUCCCACGACCUGGUGAACAUUGACCCCGCUGUGGCGAAGUCCAUCCAGCACUUGGAGGAUAUUAUUCGCCAGAAGAAGAGGUUGGAACAGGACCGAUCACAGACAAGGGAGACCCUACAGCAGGCCCUGGAGAGCCUGAACAUGAACGGCUGCUCAGUGGAGGACCUGAGUUUGGACUUCACCCUUCCAGGAUACCCCAACAUUGAGCUGAAAAAGGGCGGCAAAGACUUUCCAGUCACAAUCUACAACCUGGAGGAGUACCUGAGGCUGGUGGUGUACUGGACUCUAAAUGAAGGAGUGUCCAGACAAUUUGAGUCAUUUAGAGAAGGGUUUGAAUCAGUCUUCCCAUUGCAUCACCUGCAAUAUUUCUAUCCAGAGGAGCUCGACCAGUUGCUGUGUGGCAGUAAAUCAGAGACGUGGGACGUCAAGACGUUGAUGGAGUGCUGUCGACCGGACCACGGCUACACACAUGACAGCCGUGCCGUGCGGUUCCUGUUUGAGGUGCUGAGCAGCUUUGAGGCCGAGCAGCAGAGACUCUUCCUGCAGUUUGUCACAGGAAGCCCCAGACUGCCCGUUGGUGGUUUCCGGAGCCUGAAUCCCCCUCUGACAAUUGUGAGGAAGACGUUCGAGUCAACAGAGAACCCGGAUGACUUCCUCCCCUCAGUCAUGACCUGUGUCAACUACCUGAAGCUGCCUGACUACUCCAGCAUCGAGAUAAUGCGAGAGAAACUGUUGAUUGCAGCCCGCGAGGGUCAGCAGUCUUUCCACCUUUCCUGAUCUCUCCCCAUCACACGUUCAAAUGCCUUUUACAGCGACUGAUGAAAUCACGACUUCCUUCUUAGUUUUUUGUAACCACAUACAUCAAGGCUACAUGUACAGCCUUCUUGUUAGAGAAAGCAGCUUGCAGAAAAAUUAAGACUUUAAAUAUAUAUUUGCUGCCCCGGUCUCUCAAAAAAAAUAAAAAAAAUAAAACAACAAAUGGAAAAGUGUUCCGUGACUCACCGAACUUAAAAUAUAAAAAAAGAGAGAGAGUAAAACUUAUAUCAGUAGUUGAGUAAUGUUAAAAAAAAA